GGCCUUCAUUCGAGGGUUGCAUGCUCUCACGUUGCCGCCGCCGCCACUAACCCCCCUUUCCGUGCGUUCGGAAGGCACGCACGCAGGCACGCCAGUUGACAUCCCGCUGCCGAAAUCGCACGUCCUUGUCGUCGGACGUGAAGUGAGGCUGCGUGCGCGAUCAUGUGACACGCGCGAUCCCGCACGGUGGGAUCUUCCGCGACGAGGAUCUCGCGGGAAAAGGGGGUCCUGCUCUUUUCCCUUCCGAAUCGAGUACACGUUGUUGAAAAAAAAAACACACGACAGGAAUUUAAUAUUUUCGAAUAUUACUCGAACUGUGUGCAUACUCGAGUUGCAAUGUCAACGUGCAUCAUGCGAUGUCAGCGCGGGCGUUUGACAGUGACAUUAAAAUAAUUAUCGCGAUUAUUCGACGUGUGAAAACUGCUGCCAAUCUUCCGAGCAUUGAGUCCGAAAAAAUCGAGGAAGAUAUACUAAAGUGUGAUUAGUGAUUUGAAAUAGUUUGUGAAGAUCGAUAAUUCAAUUGGAAGCUGUAUGACGAUCUUCGACGAUCUCGAUUCACUCGCAGAUACGUGAUGUGAUCUCCAGUCGAGUUCUACGCGCGAAUCUUGAACAAGAUGAACGUGACAAUCACUUGUCAAUCAGUAAGUACCCAAAACAGUGGUAGAUUCAAUAUCGCCCGAGACUCAUGAAGAGAAAAUUGAUUAGCCGCAACGUAAGAAAUAAAAUAGUUGCUAAUUUCGCUGAUCGGUAUCGAAUCCGAAGGUCCUUCGAUCCUUUCAUCGACUAAAGAAUCGUUCCGAGGCGACAAUUGUAACAGUCAGCGAGCCAAGCAGCCGUGAUAUGUUUCCCUCGUCAGCGGCGAUGCUGAAGAAUCUGCAGCAGAGUGCCAUGACCUCGCCCUUCCUGAUGGAGAACUUGCUCCAGAGCAAGGCAUCGCCGGGGACGGAUCUCACUAGCUUGACCUUGAACUGGGCAGCGAGUCUGGUGGCGCGACAGCGCGAGAGAGAAUGCGAGGCGAGUCUCCGGCUCGUUCGGGACCGAUCCUCCCCCAACGACAUCGUCCAGGAUCAUCUGGAGCAACGAUCCGGCCCGAUCGGCGGACGCGAUCGCAUAAUGAUCGAUUGCCGGGAUCAGCAGAGAUCCAGCGGCGGCGGCGGUAGGUCCGGCGAGCGGCCGCACGACCGGAUGCAGUUCCUUCAGCGCGAGAAGGAGGUCCUGGACCGGAGCCAGGGCGUGUACGACAUGGAGAACGAGAGGAUGGACGGGCCGGUGAUGGUGGACCGGCUGUGCGCGAUGGAGAGGCUCUGCAACGAGAGGAUCGACAAUCGAUCCAAUUCCGGCGUCGAGUCCUGCAACUCGAACGUGGACGAGGACCCGAUCCCGGGCGCGGAGCUGGACGGUGGUCUUCAGCCGGGCGACAGGGACGAGAUGGUGCUGGGGGAGCGGGUCUCCGCGAUCGAGAUAGACAGACGGUACGACCUUGGAUGCAGAAACGUCAUGCACACGUCCGAUGAGAUGACGAUCGUAUCGGGGGAGAGGGAGGCGGCGGUGACGGCAGCGGCGACGGCGGUCGAGCGUGCCGUCGACAGAAUAGGCGAGAGGACCACCGCCUGUUCCUGUGGCGACGAGCAGUGCUCCGGACCGGCGUGCAGGACCAUCCAGGAGAAGGAGAAGCCGCAGCUCAAGUUCAGCGUUAGCGCCAUCCUCGGCGGUAAUCAUGACAGGAGGCCGCAUCCCGAUAAUUUUCAAGGGCUUCCGCCAGAAGCGAUACCCGCCUUCCUGCAAAAUCUGCAAAAUUCGGCGGGCUACAAUAUCGCCAAGCCGAUCGCGAGGCCGGCGGCUUAUCACCCUUAUCACAGGCCGAGUCAUCAACCACCACAACGACACUUACCACCGAACGCUCAUCACACGCUGCAACAACUGUUCUACAGGGGUCCAUAUUUGACAGUCGCUGGUUCCGGGACCGGAACCCAUCACCCCGGUACGCCCGGUGGAGGCGCCGUGUUUCCGGGGACCAUUCAGGGCAGCAUCGGCGAUUUUUCCGGGACCGGUCUGGUCUUUCCAUGGGCGACGAACGCGCGCGGAAAGCCACGCCGGGGGAUGAUGAGGAGAGCCGUUUUCUCGGAUCUCCAGCGACGCGGACUCGAGAAGAGGUUCCAGAUACAAAAGUACAUCAGCAAGCCGGAUCGCAAGAAGCUCGCUGAGAAACUGGGUCUCAAGGAUUCGCAGGUGAAGAUCUGGUUUCAAAAUCGGCGCAUGAAGUGGCGGAACAGCAAGGAGCGAGAGCUGCUGGCGACCGGCGGCUCGCGCGAGCAGACGUUACCGAACAAGAACAACCCCAAUCCGGAUCUGAGCGACGCCGACGGGGAUCGGCCGAGGAUGGACCUGAGUGACGUGAGCCCGCUCACGAGCCCGCAGAGGCCCGAGGAGCAAACGGAGAACGAGGAGGACGAGGAGAUCAAUGUCACGUGAUAAAGCUCGCCGCUUGGACCCAGCAUCCCCCGUUCGCCCUCCGACGACAAGUGACGACGAUUUUCUUAAUCCGCGAACCAAGUAGGCUACCGGCCGGACCAAGAAAAAAAAACAGAUUUAAGCGGAACGCAGAUUUGAACGGGCACUUGGAAAAAUCGCGGAAAUUAAUUCGGAAUUUUUAACUGAAUUUGUUUCUCACUCAUACGUCAUCGCAAUUCUAUAAUAUCAAUUUUACUACCGUUGUGGAGAAUAAUGCAUUUCUUCUCGCGAUCUAUUUUACAUCGAGAAGCGUGCGAGAUUAAUUUUGCUAAGCAAGUCCGAAAGAGAGACGACUGUUAAUUUUAGUUUUGCUAAUUUUAAUCGAAUAAUUUUUUUUUCAGCUGGCUGAUCUUUAUUGGCGAUUGUAUAUUCGCGGGUAAUCGAGCUGUUACAGGGUGUCCUAGAUUCAUUGUAUAAGGAGGAUAAUGUGUUAAACACGAAUUGUGAUGUUUCGUCUCAUUCACAAUUUUCAACGAUAAUCUUCAAUUGUCCUAGCGGUUAUCGGUUUGUCCUCAAUACUUCCCCCCUUCCUCCUCCCCGAGUUGUGGCUUUAUUAUUUGAUAACAACACGUGUCGUCGCAAACUGAUCCCGCCAAGCAAACAGAAAAUACGAACGACAAAUGAAGGAUAAGAAUGAAAAAUAAGACCGAUGUAUUAUAUUGUAAUUAGCGCGAUGGAUGUACUUUUGAGGAGUCUUCUAUAAGCCAUUGUGUAAGGUUGUAUUAGACGUAACAUUUCGAUUCUGGAAAUAUGUACCUAAGUCCACUCAUAAUGCGGCCGCGCGGCCAAAAAAUCCAAAUGUAAUUACAUUCAUUGUGAUUCAAUAUAAUCUAUGUAAUAUAUUGAAAUAAAAACUGUCUAUGCUAAGCGAUUUUUGUAUUGUCAAUAGGUAUGAAUGAAGUUUCAGAUCCGACUCAUCAUCGUUU